UGUAACAGUGUUGUUGUGCGUCAGUGUAGUGUUUAGUCGUGAAACUUUAGUGUACACAUUAAGUAAACCUGCGACUAAUAAAUAAAAAAAAAAUAGCUAGACUAUGUUAUCAGAAUCCCCCGAGGUACGAGUCUGUAGUAAAUUGUAACCGAAAAGUACACACAUUUAUAAAGACCUCUCAAAUGUUUGUUUCCAGACAAAAAAUUAUUCACGGAAAAGAUCCACGGCUGAGUGUAAAUUCUGUGACGGAUAUGAGGGUUAGGGGCACUUCAAAUCUUGUUGCUAGCAACAUCCACACAAUAACAGCACAUGAGGGUGACGUGACGGCUGUGGCUUAUUCUAACACCACUCUUGCAACAUGCUCCUCUGAUAAAACUAUCAGGCUUUGGGGUAUUAAAGAUUUCACAGAGCUACCAUCAUCUCCACUAUUGGGCCAUAAAUAUUUUAUCCACUGUUGUGAAUUCUCUCCCUUGGGUUCAACACUAGCCACUUGCUCAACAGAUGGGACACUGCAGCUUUGGUCUGUGAAGACAGGAGAAAAUCUGGCCAGUUUGUCCCAUCCUAGCAAGUGUGCCAUAAGAGUUUGUCAGUUUUCAAGAGAUGGGACAAAAAUUAUUACUGGGGGUGAUGAUGAAAUGGCUUGCUUGUGGAAUGUUGCUGAUAAAAAACUUAUCAGAUCAUUCAAAGGCCACGAUGAAAGUGUAACAGCAGCGACCUUCACCCCAGAUGACAACUACAUUGUGACCUGCAGCUCAGGGGGUGACAUGGGAGGGGACAUGCUGGUGUGGGAUGCCCAGUUUGGACAUGGAAAGUUCUUGACCCGCAUCCAUGACUGCCAUGACCUUGGGGUCUCGUGCUGUGCUUUUUCACCCACAUUUGGCUCAGCAGGAGAUUCAUCUAGAAGUGACAGCCCUCACAAAUUUCUGCUUGCCACAGGAGGCAAGGAUAACCUGGUCAAGCUUUGGAUAUUCACUGGGCAUGUUGGUUCUGUUGAUGUUUCUGUAAAACUGGAAACAAUGCUCCCAGGACACAAAGACUCUGUGUUGUGGCUUUGUUUCUCUCCUGAUGGUCAAUACAUUGCUUCUUGCUCAUUAGACAGAACAGCUCGUCUAUGGAAUGCGAACACACAGCAGGCGAUUAUCAGCAUAGAUGAACAUUCUAGCUAUGUGGCACACUGCGCUUUCUCCAAAGAUAGCAAGUGCCUGGCAACAGCUUCAAAUGACAACACCGUAAAAAUCUGGCAGCUGAAUGACACAUCACAUAUAAUGCAAAAUUUAGCAGGCUAUGAACAAGGGGAAGAAACUCCAGGGCAGGCGUGCACCAGUUACUCCCAUGUUUCUAUGGAGUUGUGGUCUGUGGAUGAUGUGUGUCAGUGGUUAGGCUCCUUAGGUCUAUCUGAAUAUGAGGACAAGUUUAGAACCAAUGCCAUUGAUGGGAAGGAGUUGCUAGCCGUGUCUGCUGCAGACUUAGAAACACUUGGAAUUGAAGCCCUGGGGCACCGCAACAAAAUACUGAGAGGCAAAGCAACAGCACAAGACAAAACAAUUUCCUCAGUGAAAGAUGAACCCACCAACACCCCAGAUGAAUUCCUCUGUCCCAUAACACACGAGAUCAUGACUGAUCCAGUUAUUGCAGCAGAUGGCUACACAUACAAUAGACCAGCUAUAGUAAGCUGGAUGGCAAAAGAGCUCCGUAGUCCAAUGACCAACAUGCUCCUGGAGUCGUCUGACCUGGUUCCUAAUCGCACACUGAAGAUGAUGAUUCAGAAAUUCUUGCAUACCUCCUAAAAUUGUAAUAUAUAGCUUUAGAACUGAGUGAAUCUAAAAUAAGCAUCAAAAUCUUAAAGAUGGUUAAUCUUUAAUCAGUAUACACAUAAGUAUAUAUUUUGUAUUUAUUUUAAGGACAUAAAUUGAUAUUAUGGCAUUUAAAAUUCUGAAACUGUGAGCAUUGAAAGUGUAACUAGCACACCAUACAAAAAUGUCAAUUUUGGGGAUCCAUGGGAGACACCCCUGCCUGCACAACUGUCGUUGUUUUUAACUUUUGUUUCAAACACAUUGCGCUUAAGUAUUUUUAAAAGAAACAUUGGACUAAAAAAAAAGAUAAGAAUUGUAAAUCAGAAAUAUUUCAGAGAUUUUUUAAAACUUUUUCUAUAAACUUUUUCUAUGUAACUGCUAAGUAAGCUAUUGCCCUACAAGUACCAUACACUACUAUUCUGGUCACCAACUGGGACAGUAACUUCAGUUUCACUACACUGCAGCAGUUUUAAAUAUUCAACAGACUGGAUGCUAACUUUAUAAUUAUUAUACACCAUUGAUAUUUAACUCCGGAACCACAGCUUUUGUUUCUUGACAGUGUGCCUACUAUGUUAUAUACCGCACCUUAGAUGCAGAACUGAAAGCCAAUUUCUAUUUUAAUUGUGUUAAAUGUAUAUAAAUAUUUAUCUGAUAUGAUAUCUUAAAAAUUUAUUCAUCUCUAGUUUUGCUCCUGAGCUGGUUUAAUACCUAUAACCUUCUCUGUAUAGCUUUACGUCAUCUCGUCUUUCUAUGCUUAUAGUUUAUAUUUUCUGUACUAGGUUAAAAUCUUUAUUUUUGAGAACGUAUUUGGUGAAAGCUAAACAUGAUUUUCACUGCAAGCAGUACUCUUUUUCACAGAAAAAAAUAUUUAUUGAAAUUGUGUUCAGAUUUAUUAAGGUUUGCUAAAAAAAAAAAUCUGUUUAAGACAAGCCAUUGAAUAUGUUAAAAAAAAUUAGUGUUUUUUCAUCUCUUCUGUAAAUCUGUGCCUUCUUCAAUAUUACCUAUAAUCUGUUGGUUUGCCUUAAAAAAAAAAAGUCCAUUUUUUAAGCCUUUUUUUAUAAAUUAUAUUUACAAUUGUUGAUUUAAUGUAUCAUUUUUCUGAAAAUUAUUUAGAUAUAUCUAUAUAUCUCAUUAUUUGUUACAAAGGUUAUAAACAACUAUAUUUUAAAAUUUCUUUUGAAUUUUUUGCAAUACGAUAUGGCCUUUUAAUUGUGUGCGAAAAAUUUAUUCUCUAUUGUUAUCUUAUAACAAUCUUGACAUACUGUCUUUAAUUUUU